AUGCGGCGCAGGGCGCCUUUGCUGCUGCUGGCGUCCGUGUCCAGUCUACCCCGCCUGGCGAAACCACAACUCUGGCGCGCCUCUGCUAGCGCGGCCGUGCCGAUGCCGGCCAUCACCGUGCUCACCACCGAGGAUGCGGCGGACAAGGCCCGCAAGGUGGCCGAGGCAAGUCAGGCCCUUGCCACUGAGGUGGCCACAGAGGAGGUGAGGAGUUACUACUGGUGGGAGGGCAAGGUGAACUUUGACCCGGAGUGGCGGGUGGCGGUGACUACCACAGAGCCUUUCGCGGCUGCGGAGGCGGCCAUCGCCAAAGUGCACAGCUACGACCUGCCGAUGAUCAUCUACGACCUGCCCGAGGCCGACGCAAGCCACAGGCACUGGAAAGGCACUUUGAAACUGCCUGAGGAGGAGGCCGUGAAAUUAGCAGAGACGCUGGUGUCGCAGAGGAUCGUUGCCUGCGCUCAAGCCGGCCCCAGCGGACUGGCGGUGAAGACAGUGGCAAGAUGCAAGCCGCUGGUGGAAAAGACGUUCGGCGGUGGGGUUACGUGGUCGCCCAUCGGGGGCAACGAGGGCUACUUGCAGUGGCUCGAGGCGGAGUGCGUCGGGCAUCUUCCCCCCAGUGAAGGUGGCCGGAGCCUCACUUCGCUGCUUCUGAAGGAAAGUCGCUGGAAGAAGAAUCAGAAGGAUUCCCACCACACCGUGGCGGAGAAGCCGGAAUCCAUCGACAAGGAGAGCCAGAAGUGGAUCGACUGCCAGUUCAAGCUGUAUGAAGAGGCCCCGGAUUGCAAGCUGAAAGCGCUGCAGGAGCAAGAGCGCAAGGCGGAGCGGACGUGCAAGAACCAGAUGGAAUUCAUAUAUGACCUUUGGGAGAAGCCGAAGUCCCGCUCGGACAUCACUGAGUACUCGCUCCGGCAGCUGCGGCGGGACAUCGAGGUGGACUACGUGCGCACCUUGCACGCCCUCAACAUCUCCGGCAGCGGCGAUGGCCCGCAGAUGGAGAGGGCCAGCUGGGUGAAGACGGACCACGACAUCCGACAGAGCCUCCUGUACUUCCAGGAGCUGCUUUGGAUCCUCCAGCAGCAGCCCGUGUACUUGGCCCGUCUCAGCGGGAUGAUCCGAAAGAACAGCGGCAAGGAAUAUGACCACAAGGUCUUUCGCAAGAUUUGCGAGCGCAUCUUCCACGACCUCUUCCAAGCACGCCCCUGGCUCGGACAUUGCCGAGGGCACGUAAUCUUUGGAUUUUGGCGCCGGGAUGCCUUGAGGCACCUUGCAUCUCUGCAAGUGCGCGCCCGGGGCCUCGAAAGGCCUCGGAAGGCAUCGAGUUAG